AUGGCUGCAUCCUGGUGCGCCCUCCGUGGCUCUCGCCAGCUUGCUCUUCGGACUCGCCUGCACUCUACCCCUUCCCCCAUCGCACUCCGCAGAGCUUCUCCGUCCUCUCCCUUCCGCGCAACCUACCGCGCCCUGCACACAGCUACACAGCAGCCGUCACGACGACCGGUCUACACAAGCUCAGUAGCUGACCAUGGUGACCCUCAUCCACGCGACCUCUUCCAGCCCCUUGACACCUUCCCCAGACGUCAUAUCGGCCCUUCGCCAGAUGCCGCAAAGGACAUGCUGGCCACCCUUGACCCCCCAGUGGCGUCUCUCGACGAAUUUGUAAAACAGGUGCUUCCCGCAGACAUUCUGUCCAAGAAGGACUUGAAGGUUACCGAUCCUCACGCCAAAACGAAUCUGUACCGGGACAAUGUGGGCGGUGGUCUCGGAGAGACCGAUAUGCUGAAGCUCUUGGAUGUCUACCGGAAGCAAAUCGAUGUUUCUGGCAAGACAUAUAUUGGAACUGGCUACUACGGCACAAUUGUGCCUCCAGUGAUCCUCCGCAAUGUUCUGGAAAACCCCGCAUGGUACACCAGCUACACCCCCUACCAGCCUGAGAUCAGCCAGGGUCGUCUGGAGUCUCUCCUGAACUUCCAAACAUUGACUGCCGACUUGACGGGCUUGCCAUUCGCCAAUGCUUCCGUUUUGGACGAAGCCACUGCUGCUGCCGAGGCGAUGACCAUGUCUUUUGCUACUAUGCCUGCUUCGAAACAGAAGAAGCCCGGUAAGGCUUACGUUGUUUCCCACCUUUGCCACCCUCAGACAAUCGCCGUGAUGCGGUCGCGCGCCGAGGGCUUCGGCAUUAACCUGGUUAUCGGUGAUGUUCUGGCGGAUGAUUUCAAGUUGGUGAAGGAACAAGGCGACAACCUCAUUGGUGUGCUUGCUCAAUAUCCGGAUACCGAGGGUGGCAUCUAUGACUUCCAGGCUUUGAGUGACACCAUUCAUGGUGCCGGCGGUACCUUCAGCGUCGCCACGGACUUGAUGGCCUUGACCGUCCUGAAGGCACCCGGUGAGUUUGGAGCUGAUAUCGCGUUCGGUAAUGCCCAGAGAUUCGGUGUCCCUAUGGGAUACGGUGGUCCCCAUGCAGCGUUCUUUGCUUGUGUAGACAAGUACAAGCGUAAGGUCCCUGGCCGUGUUGUGGGUGUCUCCAAAGAUCGCCUUGGCAACCGUGCUUUAAGAUUGGCUCUCCAGACACGAGAGCAGCAUAUUCGCCGUGAGAAAGCCACCAGCAAUAUCUGCACUGCCCAGGCACUUCUCGCCAACAUGAGCGCUAUGUAUGCUGUUUACCACGGUCCGACUGGUCUGAAAUCCAUUGCUCAACGCAUCAUGUCCAUGACUUCAACUUUGCAGGCGAAGCUUGCUGCUCUCGGCUACAAUGUUCCGAUCAAGACCAACGUCGCCGAUGGCGGUGCCGUGUUCGACACCGUUACCGUAGAGUUGCCCACCAGCCAAGAUGCGGACGCCAUUAUCGCUGCUGCCCGCGAACAGUCUAUCUUCCUUCGUCGCGUGAACUCUACCAAGGUCGGUAUCUCUCUGGAUGAGACUAGCGGACGGGAAGAGGUCAAGUCCAUUCUGCAGGUGUUUGCUUCUCAUGCCUCCAAGGGUGAUGUGUCCAUUGAUGGAGAGCUCGGUAUCUCCCCUCUUCCGGCCAGCCUUGAGCGGACUUCGGAAUAUCUGACUCACCCGGUAUUCAACACCCAUCACUCGGAGACAGAAAUGCUCCGGUACAUCCACCACCUGGAGUCCAAGGACCUGUCUCUGGCUCACUCUAUGAUCCCUCUGGGCUCUUGCACUAUGAAGCUCAACGCAACCACCGAGAUGAUCCCAAUCUCCUGGCCUGAGUUCUCCCAGAUGCACCCCUUCCUGCCUGCAGAUGUCGCCAAGGGUUACACCCAGAUGAUUGAUGAUCUGGAACAGCAACUCGCCGAUAUCACCGGUAUGGCUGAAGUCACCGUCCAGCCUAAUUCGGGUGCCCAGGGUGAAUUUGCGGGUCUGCGUGUCGUCAAGAAGUAUCUGGAGGCUAAGGGCGAGUCCAAGCGCAACAUCUGUCUAAUCCCCGUGUCUGCCCACGGAACAAACCCCGCUAGUGCCGCUAUGGCUGGCAUGAAGGUUGUUACCAUUAAGUGUGACACCAAGACUAGCAACUUGGACCUUGAAGAUCUCAAGGCCAAAUGCGAGAAGCACAAGGAUGAGCUGGCCGCUGUUAUGAUCACCUAUCCUAGCACAUUCGGUGUGUACGAGCCUGGUGUCAAGAAGGCCUGUGAGAUCGUGCACCAGUAUGGUGGACAGGUCUACAUGGACGGUGCCAACAUGAACGCCCAGAUUGGUCUCUGCUCUCCUGGCGAGAUCGGUGCGGAUGUCUGCCAUCUUAACCUGCAUAAGACCUUCUGUAUCCCUCACGGUGGUGGAGGUCCUGGUGUUGGUCCUAUCGGUGUUGCAGAGCACCUGCGCCCAUUCCUGCCAUCUCACCCAGCCAGCGAAUACCUUCAGUCUAAGCGUACGGAGUCCUCCUCGCCCCCGAUCAGCGCUGCUCCUUGGGGUAGCGCCAGCAUUCUGCCCAUCACCUUCAACUACAUCAACAUGAUGGGUUCCAAGGGUCUUACCCACGCGACAAAGAUCACUCUGCUUAAUGCCAAUUACAUCCUCUCCCGUCUGAAGGAACACUACCCGAUCCUGUACACUAAUGAGAACGGCCGUUGUGCCCACGAGUUCAUCCUUGAUGUCCGCAAGUUCAAGGAGACUUGCGGUGUUGAGGCCAUCGAUAUUGCCAAGCGUCUCCAGGAUUAUGGCUUCCACGCCCCAACCAUGUCCUGGCCCGUGUCCAACACCCUCAUGAUCGAACCCACCGAGUCGGAGAGCAAGGCGGAGCUGGAUCGCUUCUGCGAUGCUCUGAUCUCUAUUCGCCAGGAGAUUGCUGAGGUGGAGAGCGGCGCGCAGCCACGUGAGGGCAACGUGCUGAAGAUGUCCCCUCACACUCAGCGCGAUCUUUUGUCCAAUGAGUGGAACCGCCCGUACACGCGGGAGACGGCCGCCUACCCCUUGCCGUACCUUUUGGAGAAGAAGUUCUGGCCUUCGGUUACUCGGGUGGAUGAUGCUUACGGUGACCAAAACCUGUUCUGCACUUGCGGUCCUGUGGAGGAUACUGAAACCAAGGGACAUCCCAACAUGGCCCCCGCGUAUAUUGUCUUCGUCGGUACAUUUGUACAUCUUCCCCGGUCAUCCUCGAAGACCCUUGCUAUCCAACAGGGAGCUUUAUGGGUUUCCACCGCCGAUGGCCGAAUCAAGGGUACCGACUGGACUGUCAUCACUGACAGUGACCUACGUGACCUACUCAAAGAAAAUAGCUGGGUCCCGGAGGAUGCUCCCCGAUAUAUAUCUGGGACGAGAGUAAAGAUCGUCCGCGCGAGGGAAGAACAUAAUGAAUUCUUUUUUCCUGGGUUUAUUGACACUCACAUCCACGCACCUCAGUACCCCAACAAUGGACUUUUCGGUUCCACUACCCUCCUUGACUGGCUAAAGCAGUAUACCUUCCCCAUGGAAGCCUCAUUCGGAAGUUCCCUCCCCAACCUCCCUUCGCCGAGGGCGUUCAGGGUCUACAACCAGGUCGUCUCCCGUACCCUCGCUAACGGUACAACCUUCGCCUCCUACUACGCCACCAUUCAUGUCUCGGCUACGAACCUGCUGGCAACGCUGUGCCAGAAACGCGGCCAACGUGCCCUUAUUGGCCGCGUCUGUAUGGAUAAUCCGAACUUCUCUGAACCCUACUACAUCGACCCCUCAACUGAAGAAUCCAUCGAACUAAACAAGGAAGUCAUCUCGUACAUCCAGUCCAUCGAUCCGCAAGGCACCAUGAUAAAGCCAAUCAUCACCCCGCGCUUUGCGCUAACAUGCACCCCGAAAGCAAUGCGGGGUCUAGCGGACCUAGCCGCUUCCUACGAACCCCCACUACACAUUCAGACGCACAUCUCCGAGAACGUACAAGAAAUCCACGACGUGCACUGCGAAUUCCCAAACGCCAAGAGCUACGCCGACGUGUACGACACUUACGGCCUCCUGACACCACGAACUAUCCUCGCCCACGGUGUCCACCUAUCACCCAACGAGCAAGAUCUGAUCCACGACCGAGGUGCCAAGGUCUCCCACUGUCCCGCGUCAAACUCCGCCCUGGGAUCCGGCAUCUGUCCCGUUCGCAAGCUCCUCGACAAGGGAAUCACAGUCGGUCUCGGCACAGAUGUUAGUGGCGGGUAUAGUCCUAGUAUCUUGGAAGCCGUCCGCCAAGCCUGUCUCGUAUCCCGGUUACUUCGACAUGUGGAACCAGCCAGCGAAGGCGAUGAAGGAAAGAAACUCGUGCUGAGCGUGGAAGAAGCUUUAUACCUUGCCACACGCGGCGGCGCAGCUGCUGUCAAUAUGGAGAACGAUAUCGGUGGAUUCGACGACGGCAUGCUGUUCGAUGCGCAGCUGAUCCAUCUGGGGCGGUUCUUGCCUGCGAGUCGGUCUAACAGUGGUGAAAGUCAGGUUGAUGUCUUCGGAUGGGAGACGUGGGAAGAGAAGAUCCACAAGUGGGUGUGGAGCGGUAACGAUCGUAAUGUAAAGGGUGUCUGGGUUGGAGGAAAGCUGGUGCAUGGGGAGGAUGCUGUAGAGGGUGAGGCUCGGGCUGGUUGGUGGACUUGGGUAUUGAGCGCUGGUGUUGUGGGUGUUGGUGCUGUUGCUGCUUUUCGGAGGCUGAGGUUUUAAGAUAGAGAAUUGUUACUUGUCUGUUUAGACGGACCCCUGGCUACGCCGGACCGUACUUAACGACCACAUAGAAUAUCAUGAUAUUCCAUCUUUAGCAAAUCGAUAAGAUAUACGUUUAUAAGAAGACUGUGAGGACCUGUGAUAAUGAUGCCA